AUGAUUGACAUUUUUGACCUUUUGAAAAUGGACGAGAAGAAAAAGGAUUUUUACAACUUCGUUGAUAAUAUGCACAAAAAAAAUGAGGAAAUGCACAAGAUAUUGGAUAUAAAAGAAAAAAUAAAAAAAGAAGAGCACAAAAAAAUUGAAGAGUCUGAGAGACUUAUAAAAAAUAAUGGUAUUUAUAUAGACACUGUUGACGAUGUACAAAAAGAUAAAGAAUUCAGUUACCUAAAUUUAAAGAAGGAAAUAUCUAUGCAAAAAAGGAAAUUACAAAAUGUGAGCACUCUGUUGAGUGAUCUACCUGAUUCUAUUCAGGGGAAAGAACAAAAAUAUGAAGAAUUCAAAAAAAAAUCAAGAAGAGAAAUAAACGAAAUAAUGGAGUCGUUAGAAUCCUCUGUUUACGCAGGAAGUAUUUAUGAAAUGUGGGAUAAAAUAAAAGUUUGUCAAAAAAGCACAGAUGAAUUAAACAGUGCAAUAAAAGACACAUACAGUGAAUUAUCAUCAUUAAAUAAAGAGUAUAAUGACUGCAAAGAUAAAUUUCAAAAUCUACUCGAAUUGGAAAAGAACAAAAAUAAAAAAUUAAAAAAGAUAUCUGUGACGCUACAGUUUAUUCAAAAUUUAAAAAAAGGCGUGAACGAAAAAACAAACGAUGGGGAUUUAAAGAAAAAAUUAGAAGAAAUAAACGAUUUAUAUAAGUAG